AUGGGUCAGAGGAAGGCGGCCAAGUCCCGCGGCAGCGGGGUGGUGAACUACGUGGAUCGAGACCAGGGCUACGGAUGGAUCCGAUGCUCCGAUUCCCAGUGGGGCAUGGAUGUGCUCCUCACAGAACUGGAGGGCCUCGAUAUGGGCGACUGGGUGCAGUUCGAGCUGCACCGCAGCGAGCGGGGGCCAGAGGCGCGGCACGUGCAGCGGGACCGGCCGCAGCCGCCGCAGCCUGUGGUCGACCUCCUGGGCGAGGCCACGAGGCCGACCUCCCUGGACCCCCACGGCACCAUCUCGCAGCUGCGGAAGAAGCGGGAUCUGCGGGGCAUGGCUCCCCGGGAGGUGAAGCAGGACCUCUUCCACGUGCCCACUCCCACGUUCGUCCCGCUCCCGGAUGGCCGCGGCGCAUUUGAGCAGGACCCGGCGAUUGCGGCGGCGGUGCGGCACAUGCGGUCGCCCCCCUUGCGGCCCACCUCCGGGGAGGCGGUGGGCCAGGGCUGUCCCCGCCGCUCAGGCCACUUUCGCCAGGGCUAG